CGGCCAUGGCGCUCGACUUCCUGGCUGGAUGCGCUGGGGGUGUGGCAGGCGUGCUCGUGGGACACCCGUUUGACACAGUCAAGGUGAGCUUAAGCCUCGCCCUGGAGAGCGCUAGUAAGUAGACCAGGUGAACCGGACCCUUCUCUGUCCUCGCCGAACCUGAUCCUGGGCCUGAACUGCACCCUGCCACGCCCCUCCUCCCCACCCCCCGAGUCCCCUCCCUGAGGAGCAGGGGACAGGUGAACCUGGCCCAGCGCAGGUCGUGGGGCGGGGAUCCGGGUGGGCUGGUUGGGGUCUCUCAGCCGCGUGGAGAGCUGGGAGCCCUUCUGGGCGUGUGAGACAAUCACCACUUGUCCGGGGGCGGGUCCACCAACCCGAGAUCCCGUCACCCCAAAACGUUCACCUCAACUCUAGAUAUUACAAGACCUGGGCCCCAUUUCACCCCCAAACCUAGUCCCCCAAGACACCUGGCCAGCAAGCACUCGUCCCAGGUCCGGGGGUCAGAAACCAAGGGGAGAGGGGCCUCUGCGCUCCCUGUGGGACCCGAGCCCGGCCUGAGCCUGGGCCUGAGCCAGUCCGAGCCGCAAAGACUGGAAGCCGCUGUCCAGGUAGGUGUCUGAAGGAAAGCGCAACCCACAGCGGGGACGGCUGUACUUCCUGUCACUUCUGCUACCACGGCCCACUCAGUGCCCAUGUUGGGGGCUGCGCACGAGAGAGAAGUGUUCCAGGUGGGAUGUCAGACCACGGAAGGGAAAACGAAAAGCCCUCACGGCACAAAAACCACCCAGAGCGGCGCUCAAGGUGGUCCUGUGUGAUCACUGUUCGACAAGCACUUCUGCCUUUCUCUGAAAAUCCACCCCUCCCCCCACCAAGAGCCGGCAGCAGCAGCCAGCCACAGGGUGCGCUCGGUGGUCAGCGCCUCUGGGGGCCGUGGCCACCAGCCGCAGAGGUCCUCCUGUGCGGAGAUGGUACGUUCGUGUUCUUAGAAAACCUUCUUUUGUAAGUGCACUUAGCCGUAGAAGGCCCACUGGAGGGCUCUCACCAGCCAGCACCCCCCACACACACUCUGGCCCCCACCAACACAGCUGAGCUGCCCAUGUCGCUGCAGAGGACAGACAGCCUGGGCGGAGUUGCAAAACAUCUCAGCCUCAGUCUUGCCAUCUUUGAAAUGGGAGGGACAAGCGCACGCACCUCGGCUGGUGGUUCCAACGUUAGGCCUUCUGGUGCUGCCAGGCACAGAGUGGCAUUCGUGCCAUGUCCCUGGCUGUGGUGAUGGUUGCUGAGUCCGCUCCUGAGAACGUGACUUAACCUAGCUCCCCCCACCAACCCCCGGGACCUGGAUUCCAAGUUCAGGAAAUGUGCUCCCGCUCCGAGCCAUGGGGCCUGAGCAUCAAGCCCAGAGAUAAGCUCUGGGGUCAAUCGAGAACACUUUUUCCACAGUAAGAGGUUCUGGACCACAGGGCUCCAAGGGUGGCUGGGCGUGAGCCCCCAGGCCCCGAAGGUGGUGACAAGGUCCUGCGGUCGCUAAGGAGGCCAUGAGCUCCUCUCCUGUUCCUGCUUUGUGAACUCACGACCACUAUCCGCACAAGGGGCUACCGGCAGAAAUCACGAUCCCUCAGCAUCCGAGCCUCCUUGCCUUUAACACCCAUGGGGGCACUGCCAGCCCCUGACGAGGGGAGCUGAGUGAUAAGAAUUAGGUGCGGCUGCAGGUCCAGAGCACGGAGAGGCCUCAGUACCGAGGGACCCUGCACUGCUUCCAGUCCAUCGUCAAGCAGGAGAGUGUGUUGGGCCUGUACAAGGGCCUGGGCUCGCCCCUCAUGGGGCUCACGUUCAUCAACGCGCUGGUGUUCGGCGUGCAGGGCAACACCCUGCGGGCGCUGGGCCGCGACACGCCGCUGAACCAGUUCCUGGCCGGCGCGGCGGCGGGCGCCAUCCAGUGCGUCAUCUGCUGCCCCAUGGAGCUGGCCAAGACGCGGCUGCAGCUGCAGGACGCGGGCCCGGCCCGCACCUACCGCGGCUCGCUGCACUGCCUGGCGCACAUCUACCGGCAGGAGGGCCUGCGCGGCGUCAACCGGGGCAUGGCCUCCACCCUGCUGCGCGAGACGCCCAGCUUCGGCGUCUACUUCCUCUCGUACGACGUGCUGACGCGCGCGCUGGGCUGCGAGCCCGGCGACCGGCUGCUGGUGCCCAAGCUGCUGCUGGCGGGCGGCACGUCGGGCAUCGUGUCCUGGCUGUCCACCUACCCCGUGGACGUGGUCAAGUCACGGCUGCAGGCCGACGGGGUGCGGGGCGCCCCGCGCUACGGCGGCUUCAUGGACUGCGUGCGCCAGAGCUACCGCGCCGAGGGCUGGCGCGUCUUCACGCGCGGGCUGGCGUCCACGCUGCUGCGCGCCUUCCCCGUCAACGCCGCCACCUUCGCCACCGUCACCGUGGUGCUCACGUACGCGCGCGGCCCCGAGGCCCGGCCCGAGGGCGACGCUGUGCCCGCCCCGUCGGGGCCCGGCCUGGCCCAGCCCUCCAGCCUGUGAGGCCGGCGCGCGGGAGCGUCCCGGGCUCCGGACCGCAUCGGGCCCGGGCUGGAUCCCACGCGCCGGCGAGGGGCGCCCUUGGCCGCAGGCUUGACGUGCGCGGUGUCCUCGGCCGUGAAAUGGGGGGCCUCACACCCGCAUUGUGCACUCCCCGAGCGCAGAGGUGGCGCCCCGCGUGCUCCGAGCCCGUUGCUGUCACCUGGGGAGUCUUCCGGAAACCCAGCCGACACUCCAGCCCUUUCCUGGGGUCCGGGUCGACACCACCGCGGGGUCUUUGAUGACCCACCCGUGGGCUAUCCAGUGACUAACUCCACCCGGCAGAGCCCCAGGGACACUUCUUGGCCACCUGUCCGUUCUCUGUUAGGGACAGAGAGGCAGCUCCACGUAACUCCUGGUGUCCCAGAAUACUCUGCCGGCACCCCCCAGCUUCUCCGGUUGGCACGGCUGGGAACACCGUUACUGCUGCCACUCCCACUGGAGGGUGACCUGGGGGACCUGCUCAGAAGCUUGGGGCCGGCUGGCGGCUCUGUAUUAGCCUAGGGGCUGGGGGACCAGCCACUGGCCACCAGGACGGAAGAUGGACAGUUAAGUCCCGCUGCGGAGCGGGGAGGGCUUGCCACCCUCUAGUCCUCAGGCUGCCCGUCUAUAUAACGGGGACACGGGUCAGCUGCUGUGUGCGGCUCUGGCCCCCUACCACUGGCCAGUUCCCUAGGGUGUGCAGCGGUCAUCGGGGACGUGGGUACAGGAAGAUCCCCACUCCCCAGCAAAAGAGGUCUCUCCCAGGGAGUCGUGCUUGGUGUUCCCAUGAGGCCACAAAGGAAGGGCUGUUCGUGGGCACAGGUGUGGCCGGUGUGGGCCCCUCUGGGCCAAGCGGGAUCCGAGCCUGUGCUCCUGGGACUGUGAGCCUGGGGCAGCCCCAGCACAUCUGGAACAGCGUGGCCGUGUGUUUGGACAGGGAGGCGGAUGGUUUUGCACAGGUUGGAAAGGACCGUGGCCUCCUUUGCCCUGAGUGGAGCUCAGCCUCUUGGGCCAUGCGAUACGUUCUCCCAGGAGGCAGACUGGGGUCAAGGAUGACCAGACUCUAAUCCUAUUCUCGUGGUGUCAUUGCUGUAUAGAAACCGCUGAAGGAAUAAAAUAUUCUUUGUUUUCUUAA